UAUGCUAUUCAGAGGCAUAAAUAACUACAAAAGCAUGAAUAUUAUCUUAGAUUAAACUGAGAGUUAAGGAGCUUUGUGGUUAGGAGACUACACUGCAGCAAUCAAUUAAUAACUCUUGAAAUAAAAGAAUAUCAAAACAGUAUUAACAGUAGCAUCUGGAUUGAAUGUUAAAUACCCUCCUAAUUCUGAUAUUGUUCAUAAAGUAUAAAUUCAAUUAAUAAUCAUAGGUUUACAAUAUUCUAGAUAUUGAAUCAUGUAAUAUUAAGAGAAUAUGGGGAGAUACCUAUUAACAAAUAGAUGAGGGAUUACAAAAGGGAAGUGUACUAGUACAUUGCGCAGCUGGUGUUUCCAGAUCGGCUGCAACAGUUAUUGCAUAUCUUAUGAGAAAAUAAGCAAUGUCAUUUUAAGAAGCCUUUUAAUUUGUAAGGUUAAAGAGAAGUGUAGUUUGUCCUAACUUUGGAUUCCAAAGAUAAUUAAAAUAAUUUGAAAGAGAAUUAUAGAAUGGAAAUGGGAAGAAUGACACUGAAAUUACUUAAUAAUAAUAAUUAACUUAAUAAUAACAACAAUUAAUAAAACCAAUUAUGUAGUAGCAAUAAUUAUCAAAUUUAACAAUACAACCUCAUUCAAUUUCAAUUUCUGAAAAAAAAACAAUGGUGAGAAGAAAUUAGUUAACUCCUGCAUCUAAAUUCCCAAAACCAGCUUAUCUAAGUAAUGUUAAAUAAGCUUAAUCUUUAAAAAAAUGA